AGCGCCUCCUGCUUUUAACCGGGCAAGGCACCCUUUCUAAGCUCUCGAAGCCUGAAAUCGUCCUCUCUCUUCCUCUCUCAAAUCUCAUCACCGAAACCCUUUCUCUCUAGCCAUGCCUAUAUAACUCUCAUCCCCGUCUCGCUGAAAGGUCUCCUAUUUCCUCCGAUCAUUCGAAAUCGAAUUAGAAUCGAGGUCUGACCGUUCGGCCGACGGAUUAUCGCGAGGGGGGGGAGGGGUAAUGGAGAGGUGACGAAUAAAGAAUCAAUGAGAGUUUGAAGAUGCCGGGAUUAGCAGCGCAGAGAAUUGAUCACCAGUUCAUCGAUGGUGCCUCGGCCUUUUACUCCUUGUCUUGUUCGAAUGGAUCAGUUUCGGCCAAUGGGUUCUGGUCGAAGAAUCGCGACGAUGUUAGCUACAAUCAGCUCCAGAAGUUUUGGAAUGAGCUCUCACCGCAAUCACGACAGGAGCUCCUGAGGAUUGACAAACAAACCCUCUUUGAGCAAGCUCGUAAGAACAUGUACUGUUCUAGAUGCAAUGGGUUGCUGCUCGAAGGUUUUUUGCAGAUUGUUAUGUAUGGGAAGUCCUUGCAGCAGGAGGGAUCAGAUGGGCAUCUGUCUUACAACAGGAAAGGAGCCUUCAAAAUUCAAAAUAAUCCUGAUUUGGGUGUUUCUAUGGCAUGUGAAGAUGAAGUUCAAGAUCCAUCAGUUCACCCUUGGGGAGGUCUGACCACAACUAGAGAUGGAACACUGACCCUUUUGGACUGUUAUCUAUAUUCGAAGUCUUUACAGGGACUUCAAGUUGUCUUUGACAGUGCACGUGCAAGGGAGCGUGAGCGAGAAUUGCUUUAUCCUGAUGCCUGUGGUGGAGGAGGUCGAGGUUGGAUAAGUCAUGGAAUGGCUGGUUAUGGCAGAGGGCAUGGCACAAGGGAAACAUGUGCCCUGCACACUGCCAGACUUUCUGUUGAUACAUUGGUAGAUUUUUGGUCAGCACUUGGAGAAGAAACCAGGCUAUCUCUUCUAAGGAUGAAGGAAGAGGAUUUUAUAGAAAGGCUCAUGUACAGGUUUGAUAGCAAGAGGUUUUGUAGAGAUUGCAGAAGGAAUGUUAUCCGGGAGUUCAAGGAGCUAAAAGAGCUAAAGCGCAUGCGGAGGGAACCUCACUGCACCAGUUGGUUUUGUGUAGCAGAUACUGCUUUCCAAUAUGAGUUCUUUAAUUGUCAGGUUUCUCAUGACACAGUCCAAGCUGAUUGGCACCAAACCUUUGUAGACAAUGUUGGAAUGUACCAUCACUUUGAAUGGGCUAUUGGAACUGGAGAAGGAAAAUCUGAUAUUUUGGAAUUUGAAAAUGUUGGCAUGAGUGGAAGGGUUCAAGCGAGUGGUCUAGAUCUUGGUGGCUUGAAUGCUUGCUACAUAACUCUAAGAGCUUGGAAAAUUGAUGGCCGCUGCAGUGAACUUUCUGUGAAAGCUCAUGCUUUAAAGGGUCAACAAUGCGUACAUGGAAGACUUAUAGUUGGUGAUGGUUUUGUCACUAUUACUAGAGGGCAAAGUAUCAGAAGGUUCUUUGAGCAUGCUGAAGAGACUGAGGAAGAAGAGGAUGAUGAUUCCAUGGACAAGGACGGGAAUGAGCUGGAUGGAGAAUGCUCCCGUCCCCAGAAACAUGCGAAGAGUCCUGAACUUGCUCGAGAAUUUCUUUUAGAUGCUGCAACUGUUAUUUUCAAGGAGCAGGUUGAAAAGGCAUUCAGAGAAGGAACUGCACGUCAAAAUGCUCACAGCAUUUUUGUUUGUCUUGCACUAAAGCUGCUGGAAGAACGUGUCCAUGUUGCAUGCAAAGAAAUUAUUACAUUGGAAAAGCAGAUGAAACUUCUUGAAGAAGAAGAGAAGGAAAAGCGUGAAGAAGAAGAACGCAAGGAGAGAAGAAGAAUGAAGGAACGAGAGAAAAAGCUCCGAAGAAAGGAGAGAUUGAGGGGCAAGGAAAAAGACAGGGAGAAGAAAUCUUCAGAAUUGAACCCCAGUCCUGUUGUUCCGGAUGUGCUGGAGGAGGUGUCACUGACUGUGGAUGAACAUCCAAAUACAGUUAAAAACGGGGACUCUAUAUGUGAAGCAGGUGAUAGCCCACAUAGUCCUCUAUCUCUGGAUGCUCAAGAUGAACAGCCAUGUGAUGAAUCCGUCCCUUCAAACAUGGAAAACCACUCGGAUGACAUCUCUGAUGAGAAAUUUCCUGAUGCGAAAGAUGUGAACAGUUCAUUUGGAAUUGAUCACUCAAAAGUAUCUCAUCGGAAACUGAAAUUCCUCAAAGAUUUUCAAUUGGAUCAGACCCUGAAAUGCUCUGAUGGACAGCGGUUCACAGUUCUUCCAGAAAGCAGAGGUGGGUUUGGUAAAGCUGGGCCUAGACAUCGUGGUGAUAAUUUUGACACUUUCUCGAAAAGCAUCAAUGGAUUGAAUAAACAGAUGAGAAGUAAUUCUACAAAACCAAACACUAGAAACAGUGUUUCCAAAUUUGGUGAGAGGUUUCACUGCCUCAAUAACCGGAUGGGUAGCAGAAGUGAUUCCUCCCAUGCUUGCAGCUGUAGCCAACACAAUGAUUACAGAGCAAAGUUGGAAACACAUCCUGCUAUGACCAGAGUAGGGCGGGAGACCAAAGCUGUGAACAAAUCAGAAUCUGUGUCAGAUAUUUCAAAGUCAUAUCUGCGCUGUAACAAGUAUAGUCUAGGGGAAUAUGUGAAUGGGAAUUUUGGGAGACCCAAAAGCAAGGUUAUUACAGGGCAUCAUGUUUUAACCAGAGAUCUGCAUAACACGAAGAAGGUUUGGGAACCCAUGGAAUCGCAGAGGAAGUAUCCAAGGAGCAGCUCAGACACUGAUUUUACAUUACAGUCGUCUACUUUCAAGGUUGAAGAUAAUGAACCUAAUAACCUAAAGUCAUCGGGUACCCUCUGCUCUGAUGAAGUCGCUGAACAAUUUGAUGAAAAUAGUCAUACAGAGAAUCAUUUGAAGGAACCAAGGGGCUCUAUUCCUGAAAUGGGCAGAAACUGCCAGAACUUUCAAGGAGAGCAGAAUCCUUCUCACUUUUCAACAGAAGCUGUUGAACCAUGUCCUGUUACAACCUCUCCUUUAAGUGAAACUAUACAUCCAUCUAUGAGCGUCACUUCCAAUUCCGACAACUGUUCAUCGUGCCUUAGUGAGGGAGACAGCAAUAUGUCUUCUUCGAACUCCCCAAAUCCAGAAUCCUUGUCUUCAUCAGAUUCGGAGGAUGUGAGCCAACAGUCAGAAGGAAGAGACAAUUCAGCAAGCAGUCAAAACAAGUUUCCUGAAUGUCAUGAGGCUGGAAUGCGGAGAAAACAGAUUGCAGAAGAAAGGGAGGCUUUUGGAAACAGGACAUCGUCUGAGUAUAUACCAAUUGGUGCAAAAAGUGACCAUCCUAUAAGUUUACCAACAAAAACAGCAGCUGAAAAUAUUGAGGAUGGAAGAAUAAAUGUCAAUGUGGGCUCUCAAUAUCAAGGCACACUUCCACCAGUGCACAACCAGAGCAUACCUUUUCCAAUGUUUCAAGCUACUUCUGCAAUGGGUUACUAUCAGCAGAGUCCAGUUUCUUGGCCAGCAGCUCCUGCUAAUGGGCUGAUACCUUUCCCGCACCCUAACCACUAUGUGUUUGCUAGCAGUCCCUAUGGAUAUGGUUUAAAUGGGAAUUCACACUUCAUGCAGUAUGGUCCCCUGCAGCAUCUUACUCCUCCCCUACUCAACCCAGGUCAAGUGCCUGUUUACCGGCCAGUGAAAGCCAAUGGAAUGAACUCAAAGGAUCAAACCGGUAUUCCUAAGCCAUGUGGGGUGCAUGAGGCAUUUGGUGAACCUAAUGUGGAGAGGGCUGCUCCAGCAGGACAACAUCGAAUAAACUCACUUCCAAGCGGAGAUUGCAGAACAAAUGGGAACCCUGACACGUCUCACAAAGGAAAAUCGGGAUUUUCCCUCUUCCAUUUUGGUGGUCCUGUGGCUCUCUCAACAGAACACCUAUCCGAUCCUGUGCCUUCUAAAGAUGGUGGUGAUGUCGGGGAUCUUUCUUCGAACUCGUUGGCAGAUAAUUUUGAGGAUGAUGAGGGUGCUCAAGCUUGCAAUAAGAAAGAUACCAUUGAAGAGUACAACUUGUUUGCUGCAAGUAAUGGAAUAAGAUUUUCAUUUUUUUCUGAUAUGUGAUUUGAGCAAGGUUUGUGGUUGGCUGUUUGAGUUUUCAGUCUCUUUCUUCCUCUACAGUAAUAGAAGUUUGAUUACUCUGUAAUUUCGAACGCAAUAAUCUUCCUCUGAGAAAAUUUUCAGCAUAUUUUAUGGCUUA